CCUGCUAAUUCUUUCUGUUGGUCAGUGUGCAGUGAUUAUCCUCCUAUAAUCAGCCACCCAAAGAGAUUGUGGUCAUGUCUCCCCUCCCUGCCCCCCUCAUCAUGGCUCUGUUGCAGCUUGUAGUUUUUACACAUGCAAGUGGUGGAGCGUACUAUGGGCACAAACAGCUCUCUCAGCCAUACCAGCAAAUACAACACCUUCAACAUAUGGGCAUGGGCAAAGGAGGCUUCUCUCAGCAACAGUACCUUGGCAAAGAAGUUCCUUACAUGCAGUACCCACACUACAGAAAAGAGCUUCCCCAGAUUCCCCAUGUUCCCCAGAUCCCCAUACUCAAAGGCAAAGAAAAUGCUCGGAAAGGGGUCAACUAUUUUGGUGGUCAAGAUAAAGGUUUGACGAUCCCUAGUGCAGUUGAGGGAAUUCCUCAAGGAGAACCAGGACCAAUAGGACCACCCGGACCAGAGGGUCCUCAGGGACAGCCUGGACCUCUUGGACCACCAGGCAUUGGACAGGCAGGUCCUGUAGGCCAACCUGGACCUCCAGGUCCACCUGGAAUACCUGGAAUGGGGAAACUUGGUUUGCCAGGAUUGCCAGGAAAACAAGGAGCACAUGGCGAGCGUGGGCCACAGGGCAAAAUGGGUCCUAGGGGAGAGGAAGGGCUAGUUGGACAGACAGGGUCUCGAGGUCCCCCAGGACCCCCCGGCCUCCCAGGAAUAGGUAAACCAGGGCUGCAGGGAUUACCCGGUCAACCAGGGUCCAAAGGAGAGCCAGGUCACAAGGGCUUGCCAGGACUUCCAGGAUUACCAGGACCUAAAGGAGACAAAGGGAUGGGACUGCCUGGACAACUUGGUCACAAAGGACUUCCUGGGCCUCAAGGACUUGCUGGUCCAAGAGGGCUGCCUGGUUUUGGAAAACCAGGAUUGAGUGGCCCACCGGGUCCACAGGGAUUGCCAGGACAUAAAGGACAUCCAGGGGAGCCAGGGCCCCCAGGCCCAACAGGGAACGGAGGACAGCGUGGCCCACCAGGUCUACCUGGUCAAGGAAAGCCAGGUCCAAAUGGCCUGCCAGGACAGCCAGGGACACCCGGUGAGAAAGGUCAUUUAGGACCACCGGGUUUGCCUGGAAAAACAGGCCUGCCUGGAUUUGGUAAACCAGGACUUCCAGGAGCAAAGGGUGAAAAAGGCAUAGGUGGACAACCUGGAUCUCCAGGUGAUAAAGGAGACAAGGGUCGGGAUGGACUGCCUGGCAUUCUUGGACCUCCUGGACCAAAUGGCCCAUCAGGUCCCCCAGGCUCCAUGGGACCUCCAGGAAGUAUAGGUACCCCUGGUCCUAAAGGAGAAUGUGGAGAUGAGGGACCUAAAGGGCUUGAUGGGUCCAAAGGUGACCUUGGUAUUCCAGGACUUCCUGGUACAAAUGGUUUGCCUGGAGAUCGUGGAGAACCAGGACCAAGAGGUUCACCUGGACCAAGUGGUCCCAAAGGAACUGAUGGACAGAGAGGUUUACCUGGUACGCCUGGACCCCCAGGUGCACCUGGUACAAGAGGACAAGGGGGAUUACCUGGAGAAAUGGGGCCUCAAGGUCCUAAAGGAAAUCCAGGACUGGAUGGUAUAGUGGGACCAGAAGGGCUUUCUGGUCCUCCAGGUCCUAAAGGGGAAAAUGGUCCUCCUGGUCCACCAGGAAUGGCAGAGAAUGGGAGUCCAGGUCUACCUGGUCCCAUUGGACCCCCGGGAAGAGAAGGCCCAUCUGGACCACCUGGUCAACCAGGUCAGCCUGGGCCUCCUGGUGCACCUGGAGAGCCUGGCUUGUCUCCAGACAUGGCUGGAGUGCUCUCUCAGAUGGCCCCAGGGCUAGAUGGUGUUAAAGCUGGAAGUUAUGAAAAGAAGAGCAAAUAUGGUGGAAAUAGUGCAGAAGUGUUGGGUCUUAGUGGGCUGGAGAUGCCAGCCUUUACAGCCACAGCAACAACACCGUUUCCACCGGUGGGCACUCCUGUUGUGUUUGAUAAGCUUUUGUACAAUGGUCGCCAAAACUACAACCCCCAGACAGGAAUAUUCACCUGUGAUGUGCCUGGCAUUUAUUACUUUGCCUACCAUGUUCACUGCAAAGGAGCAAACGUGUGGGCGGCUUUAAUGAGAAACAAUGAGCCAGUGAUGUACACGUAUGAUGAAUACAAAAAGGGUUUCUUAGACCAAGCAUCAGGAAGUGCAGUACUACCUCUACAACCCGGGGACACAGUGUACAUUCAGAUGCCUUCAGAUCAGGCCUCAGGACUUUAUGCUGGGGAGUAUGUCCAUUCGUCCUUUUCAGGUUUUUUGUUAUAUCCAAUGUAAACAUGAAAACAUUCAUGAAGAGAAAAGCCUCAGUGAGAAGAAUGAAGGAAGCUUAUUUUAUGUCAGACCGAACAUUUUGUGUAUUGUUGACCUCAUCAGCAAAGAUGAAGGGAUGUGAUUUUUAUUGUAAAAU